AUGCCUGCAGAGGUGAAAGGGGAGCAGAUCCCAGAGGGGCCCUCCUCUCUGGGGGCCAUGAUCCUGGAGCCCAAGGAGCCCCCGGUGGAGCAUCCAUUGCCUGCAGACGAUGACCUGGACACACCCACCUCCAACACCUCCGUGGUCACCUCCACCAAUGGCAGUUCCACUACAGAGACACAAUACUCAGAGGCAGAGGACCCCAAGGCUGUUGAACUGGGGAGUGACCAGGCAGACACUCUGGGCACUCCAGACACCCCCGCCCCCCAGCUUCCCCCAGCACCGCAGCCUCCCCCGGUUCCCCAGAUCCCCUUGGUUUCAGACGACCCAUCUCUGAAGCCCAGUCCUCUAACCAACGGCCAACACUCCUCUGAGUCCCUCACAACCCCUAUCACAACCACUGUUACCACCAACACUCUCCCUCCUCCCUACAACAACACCAUCAGUGAGCCCCAGACAGAGAAGCCUGAAGGGCAGAACAGCGCCUACACCCUCCCUGACCCUCCCUUUCCUGGCCUGGGGGGUGGCAUGUGUGCUGGGUAUGGCAGCCUGUCUCGAGGUGGUGUCCACCAGAGCUCCCUCCACACCUACUGGCCCUCCAGGAACUACCAGCCCCAGCCUGGGGGUCACUACACCCUGCCCCUCCCCAGGGACAUCUACGGCCAGGUGGGCCUGACCAACCAAACCGGGAGGGAAGGACCAGGGGACGACACCCUGGGUGGAAUCCACCAGCUCAGACCCAUCACUACCAUGGAGCUCCUGAGGGAACCUUCCAGAACCAGAGGUGGAUACGAGGAGGCUCUCAUGUCCCAGGUGGAUGGGGAUCCCAUCUCCUUCUUCCAGGCCAUGUCCAGGGCCCAGAUGCUACAGUUCCCCCACAAGCGCAGUAGCAUGGUCAGCCUGGACAGCAUCCGUAAGGACCCCCGCUGGAGGGACCCCAACCUGAGUGAGGUCAUCACCAUGCUCAGCCACCCCAUGGACCCGGUCAAGUCCAACGCCGCCGCCUACUUGCAGCACCUGUGCUACGAGAACGACCGCAUAAAGCAGGACGUCAGGCAGCUGAAGGGGGUUCCAGUACUGGUGGGCCUCCUGGACCACCCUAAAGCCGAGGUCCACCGCAAGGCCUGUGGAGCCCUGAGGAACAUCUCCUACGGGAAAGACCACCACAACAAGGUGGCCAUCAAGAACUGUGACGGCAUCCCGGCCCUGGUCAGACUGCUGAGGAAGUCCAGUAACAUGGAGGUCACAGAGUUGGUCACAGGAACCCUGUGGAAUCUGUCCUCCCAUGAGCCUCUGAAGAUGAUGGUCAUCAAUCAUGGGCUCCAGACGCUGACUGAUGAGGUCAUCAUCCCCCACUCUGGCUGGAGGAGAGACCUCACUGAGCACUCAAGACCCCAGGAGACAGAGUGGACAACCGUGUUCAAGAACACCUCAGGGUGUCUCAGGAAUGUGAGCUCAGAUGGGGCAGAGGCUCGCCAGAGGCUGAGGGAGUGUGAGGGGCUGGUGGACGCUCUCCUCCAUGCCCUACAGUCAGCGGUUGCCAACAAGGAGACAGACAAUAAGUCAGUAGAGAACUGUGUCUGCAUCCUGAGAAACCUCUCCUACCACGUCCACAAAGAGGUGCCAGGAGCGGAGCGAUUUCAGGAACCCGUGGCCAAUCAGGUGCCACGGUCAGGAUCAGGAGGGAAGAAGAAGAAUGAGGCAGACUGUUUUGGAGGGAAAAAGCCCAAGGAGGAGUGGUUCAGUCAAAGCUGGAGAAAUGGACCAGGUGACAAAAAAUAUGGUACACUGGAUUUACCCAAACGCACACAACCAACAAAAGGUCUGGAGCUGCUGUACCAGCCGGAGGUGGUGAGGUUGUACCUGUCUCUCCUCACUCGCAGUCAAAACCACAACACCCUGGAGGCAGCAGCCGGAGCUCUGCAGAACCUUGCUGCAGGACACUGGGCUUGGUCCAGUUACAUCCGGGCCACAGUUAGGAAGGAGAAAGGUCUGCCUGUCCUGGUGGAGCUACUGCGUUCAGAUGGUGAUAAAGUGGUCCGGGCUGUAGCUAUUGCUCUACGCAACCUGGCCAUAGAUCGACGGAACAAAGACCUCAUAGGAAGCUAUGCCAUGAGGGACCUGGUCAGUAACCUGCCCAGUGGUCAGCAGCGACCAGCCAAGAACCUGGAAGGGGACACAGUGGUGGCCAUUCUGAACACUAUCCAUGAGAUCAUCUCAGAUAGCCCUGAGAAUGCCCGUGGUCUCAUACAGGGCCACGGCAUCCAGAAACUGGUGGCCAUCAACAAGACAAGCCAAUCUGUGCGGGAGACCAAAGCAGCAUCUCAUGUCCUGCAGACAGUGUGGGCCUACAAGGACCUGAGAAAUAGCCUCUACAAGGGAGGCUGGAACAAGAGCCACUUUAAGUCAACAACUAGUGGAAUGCCCAAAAAAACUAAGAGCGGAAAGUCAGCCUAUGAUGACAUCACACUCCCUCUGAUGGAGAAAAACCAAGAUGGAUACUCCACCGUGGAGCAGUGUGACAGAGUGGGUGAUGGAUUACUCCAGAGUAUCCCAGAGAGGAAGCACUUCAUCCGGGCUGGAAGGCCUGCAGUGGGUCUGGUGGAACGCAAACCUCCACCCCUCGAUUCCUGGACCCUGGUACAUCCUCCACCCCUGGCCUCUGCCCUUCACCUGAAGACCCCGGUACAUCCUCCACCCCUGGCCUCUGCCCUUCACCUGAAGACCCUGGUACAUCCUCCACCCCUGGCCUCUGCCCUUCACCUGAAGACCCUGGUACAUCCUCCACCACUGACUCAUCAUCUUUUCAUUUGGACCCUGGCCAGCCCCCAUGGACUGAAGAACUACGACUCCUCCGGCAAAGACUCAGUAGGCCUAGCCAAGGGUUCAACCCUUAGUCCCCCAACCACACCCAGCUGA